UUGUUCACGGACUCGUAGAUCCUAUCCUACAGACACUCGCUUUUCACAAUCAUUUUAAUCUAGUCACUCUUUGUAUACCUAAUUUUUUAUAAUGCCUUCCUCAUCACUCCUUCUUGGGGUUGGCGCCGUCCUAUCUACUCUAACAUAUACUGCUUUCGCUGCCAAGUACCAGAUCCAGGACAGCUAUACUGGAGCCAACUGGCUUGAGGCAUUCAAGUUUGAAACAUACGAACUGAACAAUGGCUUCGUCGACUACGUUGAUGAAGCCACCGCCACAUCGAAGAAGCUAUACAAGACAAUUGGCGACGAUGUCUUGUUCGGAGUCGACUCUUCAGAGAAGCUGAACAGCGCUGACGGUGGUGACAAGGGCCGAAAGAGUGUUCGUCUUGAAGGCAAGAAGAACUACAACCACGGUCUCUUCGUCAUCGAUGUCAAGGCCAUGCCCAGCAUCUGCGGUAUGUGGCCGGCUUUCUGGUCCCUCGGCCAGGAGCCAUGGCCGGCCAAGGGCGAGAUCGACAUAAUCGAGGGCGUAAAUCAGAACGCAGUCAACAAGUACGUCUUGCACACCGACACUCAGUGUAAGACGAACGGUCUCGGCCAGACAGGCAAUCAGCUCCUAAAGGACUGUGCUUUCGACAGCGCUUCCGGUGCAUCAGGCUGUGAUGUGAACGAUGCCCGUACCAACUCCUUUGGUGCAGGCUUCAACGCGAACGGUGGUGGUAUCUACGCUAUGGAGUGGGACAGCGACGCUAUCAAGACAUGGUUCUUCCCCCGUGGCAGCACCAUUCCUGCCAGUCUUCGCAAAGGCAACGCGCCCGACACCAGCGAGUUCGGAACGCCAGCUGCCAACUUCGAGGGCGACUGCGACAUCGACAAGCGCUUCAAAGACCACCGCUUCAUCUUCACGAACAACUUCUGCGGAGAUUGGGCUGGAAAUGUUUAUUCUCAGUCUACUUGCCCUCAGUACAAGGAUGCCAAUGGCGUCGCUCUUAGUAGCAUGAGUUCUUGCAAGAAGUACGUGGCUGAGAACCCGAAGGAUUUCGAGAACGCGUUCUGGCGCAUUAGCUCUUUCAAGACCUACCAGAAGAAGAGUGUGUCUAGCUCUUCCUCGGUAGCUCCCUCUUCGACUCGCGCCUCCAGCAGCAGCAUCCGCUCUGCCAGCAGCACUCCAGUUCGCAGCUCCUCCACCAGUAGCUCUUCUGUCAGUCGCUCCCCCUCCAGCAGCUCCUCGGUUCGAUCGCCCAACAUAAUUGCUUCGAGCUCAUCCGUUCGCUCCUCCAGCAUUAUUGCGUCGAGUUCAUCCAUUCGCUCCUCUAGCAUCCUUGCUUCCAGCACCCCCGCACAAUCUUCCAGCAUCUAUGCUUCUAGCACCUCUAUUCGGCCAUCCAGCCUCGUUGCCUCCAGCACACCAGGUCCUUCCUCAAGCGUCCAAGCCUCUAGCUCUCUAGCUCGUAGCUCGUCAGUUCUCAUCUCCAGCUCUACCCUCGCUUCGAGCAGCGUCCGCGUCUCUAGUUCAGCAAGUCCCGUCAGCUCCUCCAUCUACGCGUCCGGCUCUGUCCUCGCCUCAAGCAGCGUUGUUCCUAGCUCAUCCGUCUAUGUUUCCAGCUCUGUCUACGCUUCAAGCAGCGUCUCUCCUAGCUCAGUGUCCCCGGCCAGCUCCUCGGUCUACGUUUCCAAAUCUGUUUCCAUCUCGAGCAGCGUUGUUCAAUCUAGCUCGGUAUACGUCAGCUCUUCCUCCGCUUCGGACUCUGUUUCCGUGAGUUUGUCGUCAGGCACUUCCGUUGCGCACCCUUCUUCAUCAGCUAUGGAAAGCCCCGUCGUUCGUCCAUCUACGGCUUCAUCUGGCGUUGUCUACCCCGCUAGCUCAUAUGUCCCGCACUACCCGAUUGGGACCAACAGCACUGCUGUCUACUCGGGUACAGGUUAUCUUCCUUCGUCUACCUCCGUCUACGAUGACUCGUACCCUAGCUACGGUAGCCCAGCUCAGAGCACUCCCUGCACUACCUCCAGCGCCAAGGUUGGGUAUGAGACAGCUUCCUACUCUGCCUCCCCUAAGAGCUCCACGCUCGCCUAUCCUGUCUAUUCCGACUCGAAGAGCUCUGCUCCUGUCUAUGGCGAUCACCCAGCGCAUCCAAGCAAGUCGGCCCACGAUGACUACGACUACCUCCCAUCCUUCAGUCUCGUAUCCCCGAUCCACCCGGAUGUCACAAGCAAGCCAUCAUCUGACAAUGGCUACAACUCACACCCCGAGGGCUCUAAGACCACCAUUACGACGACGUAUACAACCACUUACGUGGAUGUCUGCGAGACUGGCUACACAACCGUCACUACCAAACACGUCGUGACCUACUUGCCCUCCAUCACGCCUGCACCAUACACUACUCCUAGCUCCGGUUACCCUGUAAACCCGCCCCCGGGUUUCGAGGUUACUACUAAGGUGUGCAAGACAGGUUGUGGGAAAGGUCCCACGACCGUCACUGUGACUGUUCCCUGCAGUAAGUGCGGUGGCAAGGAUUACCCCACGGAGGAAACCAGCAAGCUCACAAGUCCCGUUCCCGCCAUCACAACAAGCGCGCUUACGCAGACGACGAAGGUUUACCAGACCAAGAUCAUCACGCUCAGCAAGGUUCCGGUUCCAGAGAAUGAGUACUACGCUCAGCACCCCUCCUCCGCUGUUUAUGGCGAGGAUAAGCCCAGCAACCCCAGUCAGCCCACGUAUGGUGGUGACAAGCCGAGUAAGCCAGUUGAGACACCUGCGGGCGAGAAAGCUAUCAAGCCUGUUCAGCCUUCUGCUGGCUAUCCGGCCUCGAACGCCACGAUCAGCUAUGGUACUGGUUACGUCAAGCCUUCUGCCACGAAGACUGGAUACGGGGCGCCUGAGUUCACUGGUGCGGCUAGUGGCCUGCAGGCAAGCGGGCUUGUAGCGGCCGUGGUCGCUCUCGCUGCUUUCAUGCUGUAAGCCAUAGUGCUUUUUUGACUGGGAAUGUCUCUAUAUGGACUUUUUAUAGAGUUAUUUUAUAGUGUAUAAUUGAUUUGAUGAUGUACAGUAUUUUUCGAUCAUAUAAACACACCAACUCACGUGUACUUUCAAACGAGACACCAAUACUUGUCGUCUCUAAUCAAAACAUGCAUUGCACACAAGAAAUUUAGGGGGUACAA